CGUCAUGUCUGAAUAGAGGGUUAGAUUCCUUGUGGUGCAGUGUUGCUUGCCCUACAGUCAAUGUAAACAAGCUGGCAACAUGAGCUCCGCGGGAGGAAUAUUGUCCCUUUUCUUGUUCUUAUUCUCUGCUUGUACCUUGAUUCAUUGUAAGAAGGAGCUCACACUGUCAGAGCGUGUCCAGCAGUUGUCUGAUGCAGGCCUGAAAAAACCAGUCUUACGCUUCAAUGGGGACAAGUUUCGGCAGUAUGUUAAAGGCACUCCUCGCAACUAUUCUAUGAUUGUAAUGUUUACCGCAUUAGCGCCUUCUCGACAGUGUGGUAUCUGUAGGCAUGCACAUGAUGAGUUUCAGCUAGUAGCCAACUCCUGGCGAUACUCCCAGGGCUACUCCAACAAGCUGUUCUUUGCUCUUGUGGACUUUGAUGAGGGUCCAGAUGUCUUUCAACAGUUACGGCUGAACUCUGCUCCUGUGUUUAUGCAUUUCCCAGCAAAGGGAAAACCCAAGAAGGUGGAUACUCUGGAUAUUCAACGGGUUGGCUUUGCUGCUGAGAACAUAGCUCGCUGGGUUGCAGAGAGGACUGAUAUCCAGAUUCGUGUGUUCCGUCCCCCCAAUUACUCGGGGCUACUAGCGCUAGUGGUUCUCCUGGCACUGGUUGUUGGUCUCUUGUACCUUCGCAAAAACAACCUUGACUUCCUCUAUAAUAAGACCACCUGGGCUCUUGGUGCACUAGCUUUCACCUUUGCAAUGACAUCAGGCCAAAUGUGGAACCACAUUCGAGGACCACCCUUUCUGCAGAAAACCCAAGCCGGGAAUAUUGCAUAUAUUCAUGGAUCAUCACAGGGCCAGUUCAUUGUUGAAACCUACAUUGUUGCUAUGCUCAAUGCAGCAGUUGUAUUGGGCAUGAUUCUAAUGACUGAAGCUGCCAAUAAGAGAGACGAUGUGCGGAAACGACGUAUCUAUGCCAUCAUCGGCCUAGGCCUUGUUGCCUUCUUCUUCUCUCUGUCUCUGUCCAUAUUCCGUUCAAAAGCUCAUGGAUACCCAUAUAGCUUUCUUUUGAAGUAGACAAGAGAAGGCAGAGAUGGAAAUGCCAGCAACAGUUAGAUAUUUUUUACUUGGUCAGUGUGAGCCUUGUAUAGUUACUCUUGUUCUGUUUGUAUUGACUGUUGCCUUACCCAAGUGUAAAGAUAUUUGAGAAAUGCCUAUUUAUUCAAGACAGUUUAUUUUAUUUUUAAUGUUUUGUAACAAACAUUGUAGCUGAUCAUAUGCUUGUGUAACAUUGUGGAUGGAUUUAUAUUUUAUAUUUGCUGCAGUCGUUCAUUGCAUUCCAGAAACUAACUGCUUCUCCCAUGUAUUUGUGCACAUUUUGGAAAAUUAUCAUGCGAUAUUUGUUUGUCCAUAUACAACCAAAGCUCUUAUUCAUUUACUACACUAUUAGGUGGUUUGUAAAUAUUAGUAAGAUUUAAAUUUAUUGUUAUAUAAAAAAAUUAUGCAGUUGUAUCUCUCCCAUUACAUUCAUAUCAAGUUUGCACAGUAAACUAUAUUUUAAUAAGUAUUCAUUCUUGAAAUUGUACUUAACUAAUAUUGCAUUAACGUUAAUUGAUACCCGUGUAGAAAAACGGCUUUUAGGCCCCCCCCCCCCAAUACCUGGCUCGUGUGCACGUAUUUGAACAAUUGAUACACACCUGAAAAUGAACUGGUUAAUGUUUUGGUCCAUCGUGGACUUGAUUAUGGGCCAGGAUGGACUGAAAUGUUGUAAGUUCUUCAUUUUCAGGUGUGAGAUGUCAGGCUCUUAAGUCACAUAAGAAAUUUGUACUUUUAUUGAGUUAUGAAUAAUAAAUAUGAACACUGGGACCAUAA